CUAAGAGCAACAAGUUGCGAAAAAUCAUGCUGGAACCCAGUCUGAUGGAAAGCGAUUCUGGAGAGUCCAAAUCAUCUAACAUCUCCGUUAUAAAAGAUAAUAUAGAAUCGGAUCAAGAUUCAACUAGUGGAAAUAUAUUCAAUAUAAAAUGUGAACCGGAGCAUAAAAAACCCUGUCUGGAAUUAAAAUCCCCAGAAGAUAGAUCUCCGGCAAGUACAUUUACAGAACUGAAAAGUGAAUGGUUAUCAGCUACUUCAAAUUCCGACUACAUACCUUAUCCUAUGGAACAAUAUCAUCCUAUUCUACUUCCAUCUUAUGACAAUCCUCCACCUUAUCAGAUUAAAGAAGAAUACGAAGAAUACUUACCGCCUUGCUACAAUAGACCGUCUACCGAUGGCAUGAUGAACGUCAUUCAUAUGAAUCCCAUGCAGUCCGAUUAUAAACAACCUCUUUCUUUAGCAGGCUGUUAUCCUAAUAAAUUUCCUACAGUUUCGACGUCUGGUCAACCUACAACUUCUUCUGGAUGUAUUUCAUAUAACAUACGCCCAGAAAGGUGCCAUCGAGAAGGAGCCAUCGCCAGAACGAGAUGUAGAAAUUCGGGUACAAUGACCAGAGAAGAACAAAAAAGAAGCGCUUGCGAUAGAGAAAGAAGCCGAAUGAGGGAUAUGAACAGAGCUUUUGACUUGUUAAGAGAAAAGUUGCCUUGUUGUAAACCUCCGGGGAAAAAACUUUCUAAAAUUGAAUCUCUGAGAUUAGCUAUAAAAUAUAUUUCUCAAUUGCAAUCCGUCCUUUCUACUCCACCUCCAAACAAUUCUAAUACACCUUACGAUCUUUCCAUGUAUUCACCGCAAGUGUGGGCAGCUGCACCUAAUUAUUACAAUUGGAUUAAACAG